GUCAGAAGAGUUCCGGUCCAGCUGAUUUAAACACAGCUGCAAGGACAUUAGAGUGGGUUAGACUCCAGUGAAGAGCUGCUGAGAGAGCUGUGGACUCAGUGUGGUAUACAGGGCUAGUGUAGUGCUGGGUGUGGAGCUGUCAGUGUGCUGUGUACUCAGUGUGGUAUACAGGGCUAGUGUAGUGCUGGGUGUGGAGCGGUCAGUGUGCUGUGUACUCAGUGUGGUAUACAGGGCUAGUGUAGUGCUGGGUGUGGAGCGGUCAGUGUACUGUGGACUCAGUGUUUUACUAGUGAGGAUGUUGCUGACUUUCUAUCUUCUCUUCAUUGGGCUUCAUGUUUCUGAAGGCUGUAAUCUGGUGAACAGAGAACAACUGCUAAGUAUCACAGCUCACACAGGAGGGUCAGUACUGCUGCCCUGUUACUGCCCUGACCUACAGACCACACCUGAGGAAUUCAGAUGGACAAAAGACGACACAAAAACAGGCAAACGGGAAAACAUAUCCAGUCAGAGUGGUCAGUACAGCAACAGAGUUCAGCUGGUUAAUGGUCACUCUCCAGGAAAUCUCUCUCUACUCAUAUCACACCUGACUGAAGAGGAUGGAGGAGUUUACAUGUGCGCUGUUAAAGGUGCUCAUUUAAUAAUCAGACUGGCUUUAAAAGAGGGUCCACAUACAACUCCAACAGCUACCGCAGUGGUCAAAGUAAACAACAACCCAACCACUUCAACCACACAUUUAUCUCAAGCAUCUAACAAUUAUUCCACUUAUUUCUUCAUCUGUAUUCCUGUUCUUCUUCUCCUGCUGGGACUCAUAGGAGUCAUCUACUGGAGAUACAGAGGACAGAGCCGAGGGCAGACAGAGAGCCAAGAGCUAGAAAGCACAACGACACAGCACAAAACACAGGAUGAAGUGACGUACUCUACUGUCGUCCACAGUAACACAACCACAACAACAACCACAGUCACUGACAUUGAAGAAAAGACAGAAUACGCCACCAUCAGAGUAAACGAAUAACAUAUCUCACCCCAUCAAAAUGUUUUU